CUGUGAACAAAAUUUGAAAUUAUUAAUUUAAAUAUGAGACUAAAACUCAAACGUGAAGAAAGAAAAAUCCACGAAGACAUUUGCUCAGCUGUUUGCUGGAACUCAGAGAACGAACUCUACUCAGUCAGUGAUGACAUGACCGUCCAGAUCUGGGAUAUUGCUGGAGAGAACAAGGGAAAAGCACUUGAGGUUGACGUACCUGUGAUCGACUUUGACUGGAUCAUUUCUAAUAAAAGAGCAGGCGAACUGUUGGCCAUGGGGUGAUCUGAUGGAUCUAUAUUGUUUGCUAGUCAUAAUAAGAAGAUAGAAGGCAGAGUGGAGAAAGCACACAAAGGAGCUGUGGUCUCGGUUAAGUGGAAUUAUGAAGGAGCAGCACUUGCUUCUACAGGAGAAGAUGGUCAUGUUAAAAUCUGGGCGAGGAAUGGAGAUCUUAGGUCACAGUUGGUCAAUUCUUCAAAGCCAAUUUAUUGAGUUGCCUGGAGUCCUGACAAUAACAAUAUUUUAUAUGCUUCUGAGAAUAAGUUAACUGUGAUUCCAACUCAGCCUGGAAAGAAGCCAACCUCAUGGAAAUCACAUGAUGGAAUCGUCCUCUGUUGUGACUGGAGUUUAUCUUCGAACCUGAUAGUCUCUGGAGGAGAAGACAGGAAGUACAGAGUCUGGGACUCAUAUGGCAGACAAUUAUUCACAAGCGGAGCCUAUGAUUAUGUCAUCACUAGUGUCAAGUGGUCACCAAAUGGAGAGUUCUUUGCAGUCGGAUCUUUUGAAAUGAUUCGGUUGUGCGAUAAAUCUGGAUGGAGUUAUUCAUUCAACAAGCACGAAGGUGGAUCAUUAAUGAAACUAUCCUGGGACAGAUAUGGGAAUGUAGUAGCCGGAGCAGGAGGUAAUGGAUACGUUGUCUUUGGAAAUAUUAUUGAUAGACAUCUCACAUGGGGAAAUAUUGAAGUAGAUUUGGAUGAAGAUAAUAAAAUCACUGUUAAUGAUUAUGUCAAUGAGAUAUCAGAAGAAUUAGACUUCAGCGAGAAGGUGAUUAAUCUUAACUUGAGGCAUAAUCAUCUAAUUGUAUCAACAGCCCAUCAAGUAUUUGUGUAUAAUCUAAGUCAUCUCUCCUCUCCUUACAUUAUUGAUGUUAAGGAGCCUAUUAAUUCCGUUGUUCAAGGUGCUAAAUAUGUUGUUUUGAUUGAUGCUUCUCAGGAUAUCUAUGUCUAUGAUUAUGAAGGAAAGCAUAUCUCUUCUCCUAAAUUCCAAGGAAUGAAGGUAGAAUCUAUCAGCUCAGAUGUUAUAGCCCUUCUUGAUAAGAACAACCCUAAGCUUAUCAGGCUCUUUGACGUUAUGAGUGGCAAGCCAUUGAAUUCAAAUAUUGAGAAUUCGAAUGAGAUCGUGAGCCUUCAGUUGAAUCAGACUGAGAUGGUUAAUGAGAGAAAGUUAUGCUUUGUCGAUUCUAAUAGAGACAUGUUCCUGACAAUGGUCCACAAACCAGAUGUUAUCAAGAUCGCGACUAUGGUUGAUAGCUUCCAGUGGAAUGAUAAUAAUGAUAUGCUUUCUUGUUUAUCUGAUGGUAAAUUGAUAACUUGGUUCUAUCCAAAUGCUAUCUAUGUUGACAAAGAUCUGAUGAAUCAAGCCAGAUCAGUAAGAUCAGCUACUGAUGUAGGGAAACUCCCUCAGAUAGUCAGUUUCACUGGAAGUAUGGUCUCUGUCAGACAGUUAGAUGGAACACUAGCAUGCUUAUCAGUCCCUCCAUUUGCUAAGAUUAUGUAUGAACAUAUUGAUAGUGCUGACUUUGAUAGAUCUAUAAAACUUUGUAGAUUUGUCAAUGAUAAGCCUCUCUGGGCAUGCCUAGCUGCUAUGAGUCUCUAUUGCAGAGAGCUAGAUACUGCUGAGAUUGCUCUCGCAUCAAUUGAUGAAGUUGAUAAGGUACAAUUUAUUAACUACAUCAAGGAGCUUCCAAGUGAAGCUUCUAGAAACUCUGCUUUAGCAUUGUACUGUAAAAAGAUAACUGAAGCUGAACAGAUAUUACUGCAGGCUAAACUCUAUUACAGAGCUAUUAAAAUGAACAUAAAGCUAUUCAGAUGGGACAGAGCUUUAGAUUUAGCUAUUCAGUACAAGACUCAUGUCGACACAGUUCUUGCAUUCAGACAGAAAUAUCUUGAAGACUGUAAGAAAGAUGAAGAUAACGAAAGAUUCAAGGAAUACAUGAACGAAGUCCAGAUAGACUGGGAGACAAUCAGAGCUAAGAUUGAAUCAGAUAAGGCUAAAGAAGAAUCAGGAUAGUCUGUUUUCCUAAUUUACUCAAUAUUCAUGA